GCGCUCGCAGCCAACGCCGGGACGGGGUUCGCGGUGGCCGAGCCGCAGAUCGCCAUGUUCUGCGGGAAGCUCAACAUGCACGUGAACAUCCAGACUGGGAAAUGGGAGCCUGACACUUCGGGGACCAAGAGCUGCUUUGGAACGAAGGAGGAGAUUCUGCAGUACUGCCAGGAGAUGUAUCCAGACCUUCAGAUCACGAACGUCGUGGAAGCCAACCAACCUGUGAGCAUCGAGAGCUGGUGUAAGAAAGGGAAGAAGCAGUGCAAGGACCACACUCACAUCGUGGUGCCCUACAAGUGCCUAGUGGGUGAGUUUGUAAGCGACGUCCUGCUGGUUCCCGAAAAGUGCCGGUUCUUCCACAAGGAGCGGAUGGACGUGUGUGAAAGUUAUCAGCACUGGCACACGGUAGCAAAGGAGGCCUGUCUCACGGAAGGGAUGAUCCUGCACGGCUACGGCAUGCUGCUGCCCUGCGGGGUGGACCAGUUCCACGGCACCGAGUACGUGUGCUGCCCUCAGACCAAAGCUGCGGAGGAAGCGCCUUCCAAAGAGGAAGAGGAUGAAGACGAGGAUGAAGACUAUGACCUUUAUAAAAGCGAGUUCCCUACAGAGGCAGGUGUAGAAGAUUUCACAGGGACAGCUGUGGAGGAGGAGGAGGAGGAGGAGGAUGAAGAGGACGAGGCGGAAGAGGAGGAGGAGGAUGUGGUAGAAGAUCGCGAUUACUAUUACGAUAGCUAUAAAGCAGACGAUUACAACGAAGAGACCCCCACGGAGCCCAGCAAUGACAAGAGUCUUUCCGAAAAAGAAGUUAGCAGCGACAUGAAAUCUGUCUGCUCGCAGGAGGCCGUGACAGGGCCCUGCCGGGCCGUGAUGCCUCGCUGGUACUUCGACCCCAGCAAGAGCAAGUGCGUCCGCUUUAUAUACGGAGGCUGCGGAGGCAACAGGAACAAUUUUGAGUCAGAGGAGUAUUGUAUGGCUGUGUGUAAAAAGAUGAUGCCUACCGAUGAUGUAGAUGUCUACUUUGAAACCCCAGCUGAUGACAACGAGCACGCCCGCUUCCAAAAAGCCAAGGAGCAGCUGGAGGUCAGGCACCACAACCGCAUGGACCGGGUGAAAAAGGAAUGGGAGGAAGCAGAACACCAAGCCAAGAAUCUCCCCAAGGCAGAAAGACAGACUCUCAUUCAGCACUUCCAGGCGAUGGUUAAAUCUCUGGAAAAAGAGGCCGCGAGUGAGAAGCAGCAGCUGGUGGAAACUCACCUGGCCCGGGUGGAAGCGAUGCUGAACGAUCGCCGCCGGAUCGCCCUGGAGAACUACCUGGCUGCCCUGCAGGCCGAUCCACCCCGGCCCCACCGCAUCCUGCAGGCUCUGAAGCGCUACGUCCGCGCCGAGAACAAGGACCGCCUGCACACCAUCCGCCACUACCAGCACGUCCUGGCGGUUGACCCAGAAAAGGCUGCGCAGAUGAAAUCUCAGGUGAUGACACAUCUCCAUGUGAUCGAGGAGCGCAUGAAUCAGAGCUUGUCCCUGCUCUACAAGGUGCCGUACGUGGCUGAAGAAAUCCAGGAUGAGAUUGAUGAGCUGCUUCAGGAGCAACGUGCAGACAUGGACCAGUUCGCCUCCUCCAUUUCCGAAUCCCAGGUGGACGUCAGGGUGAGCUCCGAGGAAAGUGAAGAAAUCCCCCUCGAGGGCAAACCGUUCCGUCCAUUCCAGGUGAAAACCUUCCCAGCCUUGUCUGAAAACGAAGAUCCUCAGCCGGAUUUGUACCAUCCAAUGAAAAAAGGUUCCGGCAUGACCGAGUUGGACGGGCUGAUCGGCACCGAGGAAAAAGUGAUUAACAGCAAGAACAAGGUGGACGAAAAUGUGGUGAGCCCCUCCAGCUUCGUUUUGCAAAGCGGAGCCUGCCCUGGACACUAAUUAAUA